AUUGACUAAAGACUAAAUAAUAUAAUAUGAGAAAAUAACUGCGUUCGAACUUAGUAUCGCAAUAUCGUACUCUUAUUCAUACAAAGUAUUACGCAGCAUAGAAUAAUAUAAGAAUAUCAAAAAGAAUUAUAAAAAUUUCAUAUCUGAAAUUUGUCCUUUACAAACAUAAAUUUAAUAAAAAAAAAAUAGUAAUAAAUAUUUAUGUGACAGUUGAUAAAAAUAAUAUUUGAACCUUCUUUCUAGAAAUUAAAACUGAAUAAUUUUUAAUAUUUGUAGAAAAUGAUGCGCAUAAAAUGGAUUGAAAAUAUCUUAGAACUCAAGAGUAAAAGAACAUUAGAAAAAAGAUAUGUUUUUCCUCAAAUAUAUUCUACUUUAAGAUAUAGUAUCACUUCAAAGAAGAAUGAAACAAUUAAAAAUAAAAAUGAUUAUGAAGAUGAUGAUAUUAAAGCAAAAAUGCCUAUAAAAUAUUCAACAUCUAAAGCAUCAAAAUUUUUUUCUGGAAGUACAUCAAAAAAUACUCCAGAACAUCAAGAUACAGUUAUAAUAACAUGUUUUGGUAUCUUUUUAUUGUAUUUUUGUGUUCUGAGAGAAGAAAAUGAUAUUGAUGAAGCUAUGACAAAAAAUAUACCACCAGAAAUUCUUAAACAAAUAUAUGGAAAAUAAAAGAAAUAAAGGAAUGUAAAAUAAAUUUUUGAAAUUAAAAAAUA